CUGGCUCCCUAUUGGUCAGAUCUCGUCCACGCUGCUGUCUGUUGGCGCGGUUGUUGAAUAGCCGGCAGCUGAACAUAAUAUUACACAAAGUAAAACCUCCUUUUGUUUAAGGAUUUCAGCGGCAGGGAGGUUCACCAGCAUGGAGAAUGGCAGGACCCAGUUUCCAUUUCCCUACCAGCCCUAUGACAUCCAGGAGCAGUUCAUGCAAGCCCUGUACAGUGCACUGGACCAGGGCAAAGUGGGGAUCUUUGAAAGUCCAACUGGAACGGGCAAGUCUCUGAGUCUGAUAUGUGGAGCUCUGAGCUGGCUCACAGACUACGAGGAGAAGAGGAAGCAGGAGGCAGCUGCUCUUCUGCAUGAAGGAGAAGCAGCUCUUUCCACAUCUACGGCUCAGUCCUCCACUACCAGCUCCUCAGCAGAGCCCGACUGGAUCACUGAUUUUGUUGAAAAAAAGGCAGAACGUGAUUUGGUGUCAAAGUUGAAGGAGGAAGAAUUGAAAAGAAAGAAGAGGGAAGAACGAUUAGAAAUGAUCCGAAACAACGUUCAACUAAAGUAUGCGAUGAAAAGAAAAAGCAGUGAAGAUGAAGAGGCAUUCAAAUUGCUCCAGCUCAGUAAAGAGGAACAAACCGAGACACAAGGAGAUCAAGAGGACGAGGAGCUCAUUAUUGCAGAAUAUGAAAGCGAUGAUGAGACAAAGACUCGGAGCAGAUUUUGCGGUGCUGAGGAUGAUGACACCGACGACGAACUGGUUGAAGAACAUGUUACGAAGAUUUACUACUGCAGUCGCACUCACUCCCAGCUGGCCCAGUUUGUCCAUGAGGUUCAAAAGAGCCCCUUCAGCAAGGACAUCAGUUUGGUCACACUGGGCUCACGGCAGAAUCUGUGUGUCAACGAGGAGGUUCGUCGCUUGGGCAGCAUCCAGCGCAUCAACGACCGCUGCCUGGAGAUGCAGAAAAACAAACAUGAGAAGCCGCAUCAUGAAGAGGGUGUAAAACGUAAGCGAGAUCCAGCAAAGAGUGUGUGUCCCUAUUAUAAAGCUUCAGCAAUGCAGCAGAUGAGGGACGACAUUCUGGGGACAGUCCACGAUAUAGAGCAGAUGCUGAAGCUGGGCAGAGAGACACAUGCAUGUCCUUACUAUGCCACACGCCUCGCUGUCCCCGCCGCACAGUUGGUGGUGUUGCCCUAUCAGAUGCUGCUUCAUGAAGCCACAAGGAAGGCAGCAGGGGUCCAGCUGAAGGGGCAGGUGGUGAUCAUAGAUGAAGCUCACAAUCUUAGUGACACACUCUCCUGUAUACACAGUGCAGAGCUCACUGGAGCGCAGCUUUGCCGUGUCCACACGCAGCUCACCCAGUAUGGCGAACGCUAUAAGAAGCGACUGAAGGCAAAGAACCUGAUGUACAUCAAACAGAUUCUGUUUGUGAUUGAGGGGCUCGUCCGGGUGCUGGGAGGUAAGGUCGGGCAGAAUCCACAAAGCCAGACUACACAAACAGGAACUGAAAUGCUCACCAUUAACAACUUCCUCUUCAAGGCUCAGAUCGACAAUAUCAAUUUGUUUAAGUUACAGAGAUACUUUGAGAAGAGCAUGAUCAGCAGAAAACUGGGUGGCUUUGUGGAGAAGUACGCAGGAUCAGGUGUGAGUCUGCACACUCAGAGCAGCUCCAACAAGGAGAACCGACGCACAGAGGGCUUAAACCGCUACCUUCAAACACUGCAGAGCAACCAGAGCACUGCACCAGUUUCUUCAGUAGACCAGCAGGGGUCAGAGGCAGAGAAAGUGCUGUCUGCAUCUCCCAUGAUGCAGGUGGAGGGUUUCUUCAUGGCUCUCACCAACAGCAACACUGAUGGCAGAGUGGUGGUGCACAGACAAGGCACUUUGUCAGAGAGCAGCGUCAAGUUCCUGAUGUUGAAUCCAGCAGUCCACUUUGCCCAGGUGCUGAAGCAGUGCAGAGCUGUCAUCGUCGCAGGAGGAACCAUGCAGCCUGUUUCAGACUUCAAACAAGAGCUGCUGUUUUCUGCCGGAGUGGGAGAGGAGCGCAUCACUGAGUUUUCCUGUGGUCAUGUAAUUCCUCCAGAGAACAUUCUUCCCCUCGUUUUAUGCAGCGGUCCAUCCGGUCAGGAGCUGGAUUUUACUUUCCAAAACAGAGACUCUCCACGCAUGAUGGACGAGACCGGGCGCAUUCUCUCCAACAUUUGUAACGUGGUCCCAGGCGGGGUCGUGUGCUUCUUCCCUUCUUAUGAGUACUCGAGGCGGAUCGUUUCUCACUGGGAGGCCAGCGGUGCGCUGACUCGUCUGGCUAACAAGAAGAAGAUCUUCCAGGAGCCAAAGAAAGCCAACCAGGUUGAACAGGUGCUGAGCGAGUUCACCCGCUGUAUCCAGAGGUGUGCUGCGGAUGCCGGCGGCCUCACUGGAGCGUUGCUAUUCUCUGUGGUCGGAGGAAAGAUGAGUGAGGGCAUCAAUUUCUCUGAUGACUUGGGCAGGUGUGUGGUGAUGGUGGGAAUGCCAUAUCCCAACAUCAAAUCCCCAGAGCUGCAGGAAAAGAUGUCCUACCUGGACAAACACCUGCCUCAUAGUGGAGGGAGGAGUCCCGGCCAAGCACUAAUAGAAAACCUCUGCAUGAAGGCUGUCAAUCAAUCCAUAGGAAGAGCUAUCCGUCACCGUGGCGAUUAUUCCUCCAUUGUGCUGUGUGACAGACGUUACUCUCGACCCGCUACGCUCUCCAAACUUCCCACGUGGAUUAAAACUCGCACCAGCACACACACAAGUUUUGGCCCUGCUUUUGCUGCCUUACGGAAGUUCUUCCUGGAGAAGAAGCAGAAGCAGUUGUAGUGUCACUUACACUGAGCUGAACGGACAUUUCCAAAGACUGAGGUUAGGAAGAACUUCAGGGAAACAAGUGCAACAGCGGCCACCGUGAAAAUUUAGCAACCCAAAAAAAUGUUAUUUGUUCUAAAAAAAAAUAAAAAAAUACUAUAAGAUAAUUAGAGUUCCUUAUUACAAGAUUGACACAGCCCUUUUAUUUGUGUUUACAUUCUUAAACAUUUUGAAGCCGUCACACCUCUGAGUGCUUCUGGCUGGAGUUCAAGGGUCAACCGGGGAGGCAGUUGUUCUAUUUUCAGUACAUCGUACUCGCUUUAUUUUACGUUUCAGCUUUUAUAUCUUGCUUGUUUCUUGUGUCCUGCUUUGGCUUCCUACAGUAACAUCUCUUGUUUGAAGAAUAAUGAAUAAAAGUAUAUGAUGUCACACUGCAGACAAACCCAGAGGGGCAUUAAUCAGACUGACUCAGUCCUGCAAUGUCUUCGAAUUCAGUCUGGACCAUGUAAGAUAUAUUGAAAUGAAUUACUGCUAACUACUUCACAGAUAUUAAGCACAGCACAGCAACGGCUUAGGAAUCCAUGUGACUUCAGUUACCCUUGAAGAAGAUGUUAAAUAUUUAAAUGAAGCAUUAAGUGUUAUGUAAUGCAACAAUUACUUUUAUUUAACGGCAAGACGUUAGUGAAAUGGUUCCAUGAUUUCAGUUUCUGCUUGUUUUAAUUUUAUGAAAAUAUGUUUUACAAUGAAUAUGAUUAUCAAUAAAUUGUUUUAUUAUUGGA